GCGAGGCGGCAGGGCCUCUGCACGGCAGGUCCUCGUCCAGGGGCGGCGAGGGUGGCCGGCCGCUGGGCGGUGCGGGCCGGGGCCAGGGCCAGGUCUGACAACUGGGAGGAAACUGGAGGGAAGAUGCCCUCUGAUUCUUUCUGUUUGGCUGCCCAGGCUCGACUGGACUCCAAAUGGUUGAAAACAGAUAUCCAGCUUGCAUUCACAAGAGAUGGGCUUUGUGGUCUGUGGAAUGAAAUGGUUAAAGAUGGAGAAAUUGUGUAUACUGGGACAGAAUUAACCCAGAAUGGAGAGCUUCCUCCUAGAAAAGAUGAUGGUGUUGAUACUCAGAGUGGAACAAAGAAAGAAGAUCUGAAUGACAAAGAGAAAAAGGAUGAAGAAGAAAUGCCUGCACCUGCAUAUAGGGCGAAAUCAAUCUUAGAGAGCUGGGUAUGGGGCAAGCAACCAGAUGUGAAUGAACUGAAGGAGUGUCUUUCUGUGCUGGUUAAAGAGCAGCAAGCUCUGGCCAUCCAGUCAGCCACCACCACCCUUUCAGCUCUGAGACUCAAGCAGAGGCUGGUCGUCUUGGAACGAUAUUUCAUUGCCUUGAAUAGAACGGUUUUCCAGGAGAAUGUCAAAGUUAAGUGGAAAAGCAGCAGCAUUUCUUUGCCUCCUGUGGACAAAAAAAGUUCCCGGCCCACAGGCAAAGGGGUGGAAGGACUUGCAAGAGUCGGAUCCCGAGCAGCUCUCUCCUUUGCCUUUGCCUUCUUACGCAGGGCCUGGCGGUCAGGGGAGGACGCAGACCUCUGCAGUGAGCUGUUGCAGGAGUCCCUGGAUGCCCUGAGAGCCUUGCCUGAGGCCUCUCUCUUCGAUGAGAGCACGGUAUCCUCUGUGUGGCUGGAGGUGGUAGAAAGAGCAACCAGGUUCCUCAGGUCCGUCGUGACGGGGGAUGUUCACGGAACGCCUGGUACCAAAGGGCCAGGAAGCAUCCCCCUGCAGGACCAGCACCUGGCCCUGGCCAUCCUGUUAGAGCUGGCUGUGCAGCGAGGCACGCUGAGCCAAAUGUUAUCUGCUGUCCUGUUGUUGCUUCAGUUGUGGGACAGUGGGACACAGGAAACUGACAAUGAGCGGUCCGCCCAGGGCACCAGCGCCCCCCUUCUCCCUUUGCUGCAGAGAUUCCAGAGCAUCAUCUGCAGUAAAGACACCCCUCAUACAGAGGGUGACACUCACCUUCUGUCCGGCCCCCUGAGCCCCAAUGAGAGUUUCCUGAGGUACCUUACUCUUCCACAAGACAAUGAACUCGCGAUUGACCUACGACAAACUGCGGUUGUUGUCAUGGCCCAUUUAGACCGCCUGGCUACUCCCUGUAUGCCGCCUCUGUGUAGCUCUCCAACAUCUCAUAAGGGGUCAUUGCAAGAAGUCAUAGGUUGGGGUUUAAUAGGAUGGAAAUACUAUGCCAAUGUGAUUGGUCCAAUUCAAUGUGAAGGCCUUGCCAACCUGGGGGUCACGCAGAUCGCCUGUGCAGAGAAGCGCUUCCUGAUCUUGUCGAGGAACGGCCGCGUGUACACGCAGGCGUACAACAGUGACACACUGGCCCCACAGCUUGUCCAGGGUCUUGCCUCCAGAAACAUUAUAAAAAUUGCUGCCCAUUCCGAUGGUCACCACUACUUGGCUUUGGCAGCCACUGGAGAAGUGUACUCCUGGGGCUGCGGGGAUGGCGGACGGCUGGGCCACGGGGAUACUGUGCCUCUGGAGGAGCCUAAGGUGAUCUCUGCUUUCUCUGGAAAGCAGGCCGGGAAGCAUGUGGUGCACAUUGCAUGUGGAAGCACAUACAGUGCAGCCAUCACUGCUGAGGGGGAGCUGUACACCUGGGGCCGAGGGAACUACGGCCGACUGGGCCAUGGCUCCAGUGAAGACGAGGCCAUUCCAAUGCUGGUAGCUGGGCUUAAAGGACUGAAGGUCAUCGACGUGGCGUGUGGGAGUGGGGACGCUCAAACCCUGGCCGUGACUGAGAACGGUCAAGUAUGGUCUUGGGGAGAUGGUGACUAUGGGAAAUUGGGCAGAGGAGGUAGUGAUGGCUGCAAAACUCCAAAGCUGAUUGAAAAGCUUCAAGACUUGGAUGUCGUCAAAGUCCGAUGUGGAAGUCAAUUUUCUAUUGCUUUGACCAAAGAUGGCCAAGUUUACUCAUGGGGAAAGGGUGACAACCAGAGACUUGGUCACGGAACAGAGGAACAUGUGCGUUAUCCCAAACUCUUGGAAGGCUUGCAAGGGAAGAAGGUGAUUGAUGUGGCUGCAGGCUCCACCCACUGCCUGGCUCUGACUGAGGACAGCGAAGUCCACAGCUGGGGGAGCAAUGACCAGUGCCAGCACUUUGACACCUUGCGCGUGACUAAGCCAGAACCUGCUGCGCUGCCAGGACUGGAUACCAAACACAUAGUUGGAAUUGCCUGUGGACCUGCCCAGAGUUUUGCUUGGUCAUCUUGCUCUGAGUGGUCCAUUGGCCUCCGUGUUCCUUUUGUGGUGGACAUCUGCUCAAUGACUUUUGAGCAGCUGGACCUCCUACUACGGCAAGUGAGUGAAGGGAUGGACGGCACUGCUGAUUGGCCCCCACCCCAAGAGAAAGAGUGCAUGGCCGUGGCAACGCUGAAUCUUCUACGACUUCAGUUGCAUGCUGCCAUUAGUCACCAGGUUGACCCAGAAUUCCUUGGUUUAGGUCUGGGCAGCGUCCUCCUCAACAGCCUGAAGCAGACCGUGGUGGCCCUGGCCAGCAGUGCGGGCGUGCUGAGUACUGUGCAGGCAGCCGCCCAGGCUGUGCUGCAGAGUGGGUGGUCCAUGCUGCUGCCCACUGCUGAGGAGCGGGCCCGGGCACUCUCUGCUCUCUUGCCCUGUGCAGUUUCAGGCAACGAAGUUAACAUAAGUCCAGGUCGUCGAUUCAUGAUUGAUCUUCUGGUGGGCAGCUUGAUGGCUGAUGGAGGCUUAGAGUCAGCCUUAAAUGCAGCCAUUACUGCAGAAAUCCAGGAUAUUGAAGCCAAAAAAGAAGCACAGAAGGAAAAAGAAAUUGAUGAACAGGAAGUGAAUGCCUCGACAUUUCAUAGAAGUAGGACUCCAUUGGAUAAAGAUCUUAUUAAUACAGGAAUCUAUGAAUCUUCUGGAAAACAGUGUUUGCCUCUGGUUCAGCUCAUUCAACAGCUUCUUAGAAACAUUGCUUCUCAGACCGUGGCCAGAUUGAAAGACGUUGCCCGUCGGAUUUCAUCAUGUCUGGACUUUGAGCAACAUAGUCGGGAAAGAUCUGCUUCAUUGGAUUUGUUGCUGCGUUUCCAGCGCUUACUUAUCAGUAAACUUUAUCCAGGAGAAAGUACUGGUCAGAUCUCAGAUAUUUCUAGUCCUGAGCUAAUGGGUGUGGGUUCCUUGCUGAAGAAGUACACAGCCCUUUUGUGCACACACAUUGGAGAUAUCCUGCCCGUGGCAUCCAGCAUUGCUUCCACCAGCUGGCGGCACUUUGCAGAGGUGGCCUGCAUUGUGGAAGGGGACUUCACUGGAGUUCUCCUUCCAGAACUAGUCGUUUCUAUAGUGCUUCUGCUCAGUAAAAAUGCUGGUCUCAUGCAGGAGGCUGGAGCUGUCCCUCUGCUGGGUGGCCUGUUAGAACAUCUGGAUCGAUUCAACCACCUGGCACCAGGAAAGGAAAGGGAUGAUCAUGAAGAGUUAGCCUGGCCCGGCAUCAUGGAGUCAUUUUUUACAGGUCAGAACUGUAGAAAUAAUGAGGAGGUGACACUUAUACGCAAAGCUGACUUGGAGAACCACAAUAAAGAUGGAGGCUUCUGGACUGUGAUUGAUGGGAAAGUGUAUGACAUAAAGGACUUCCAGACGCAGUCACUAACAGGAAAUAGUAUUCUCGCUCAGUUUGUAGGGGAAGACCCAGUGGUAGCUUUGGAAGCUGCUUUGCAGUUUGAAGACACUCGAGAGUCAAUGCAUGCCUUCUGUGUUGGCCAGUAUCUGGAGCCUGACCAAGAAGUUGUUACCAUACCAGAUCUGGGAAGUCUGUCUUCACCUCUGAUAGACACAGAGAGGAAUCUGGGCCUGCUUCUCGGAUUACAUGCUUCCUAUUUAGCUAUGAGCACACCGCUGUCUCCGGUUGAGGUUGAAUGCGCCAAGUGGCUUCAGUCGUCCAUCUUCUCUGGAGGCCUGCAGACCAGCCAGAUCCACUACAGCUACAACGAGGAGAAAGAUGAGGACCACUGUAGCUCUCCUGGGGGCACUCCUGCCAGCAAGUCCCGACUCUGCUCCCACAGACGGGCCCUGAGCGACCAUUCCCAGGCAUUCCUGCAAGCCAUUGCUGACAAUAACAUCCAGGAUCACAAUGUGAAGGACUUUCUGUGUCAAAUAGAAAGGUACUGUAGGCAGUGCCACUUGACCACACCAAUCACUUUUCCUCCCGAGCAUCCUGUGGAAGAGGUCGGCCGCUUGCUGUUAUGUUGCCUCUUAAAACAUGAAGAUUUAGGUCACGUGGCAUUAUCUUUAGUUCAUGCAGGUACACUUGGUAUUGAGCAAGUAAAGCACAGAACGUUGCCUAAAUCAGUGGUGGAUGUUUGUAGAGUCGUCUACCAAGCAAAGUGCUCACUCAUUAAGACACAUCAAGAACAGGGUCGUUCUUACAAGGAAGUCUGCGCUCCAGUCAUUGAACGUUUAAGAUUCCUCUUUAAUGAACUGAGACCUGCAGUUUGUAAUGACCUCUCUAUAAUGUCCAAGUUUAAAAUGUUAAGUUCCCUGCCUCGUUGGAGGAGGAUAGCUCAGAAGAUAAUUCGAGAACGAAGGAAAAAGAGAGUUCCUAAGAAGCCAGAAUCUACUGAUGAUGAAGAAAAAAUUGGAAAUGAAGAGAGUGAUUUAGAAGAAGCUUGCAUUUUGCCUCACAGUCCUAUAAAUGUGGACAGAAGACCCAUUACAAUUAAAUCACCCAAGGAUAAAUGGCAGCCACUGCUGAGUACUGUUACAGGUGUUCACAAAUACAAAUGGUUGAAGCAGAAUGUUCAGGGUCUUUAUCCACAGUCUGCACUCCUCAGUACAAUUGCUGAAUUUGCCCUUAAAGAAGAGCCAGUGGAUGUGGAAAAAAUGAGAAAAUGCCUACUAAAACAGUUGGAAAGAGCAGAGGUUCGCCUGGAAGGGAUAGAUACCAUUUUAAAACUGGCAACCAAAAAUUUCUUACUUCCAUCUGUGCAGUAUGCUAUGUUCUGUGGAUGGCAAAGACUUAUUCCUGAGGGGAUUGAUAUAGGGGAACCCCUUACAGAUUGUUUAAAGGACGUUGAUUUGAUCCCACCUUUUAAUCGGAUGCUGCUGGAAGUAACUUUUGGAAAGCUGUAUGCUUGGGCUGUUCAGAAUAUUCGAAAUGUUUUGAUAGAUGCAAAUGCCAAAUUUAAAGAGCUUGGUAUCCAGCCUGUCCCCCUACAAACCAUUACCAAUGAGAAUCCGUCGGGACCAAGCCUGGGGACGACCCCACAAGCUCGCUUUCUCCUGGUGAUGCUCAGCAUGCUCACCCUGCAGCAUGGCGCAAACAACCUGAACCUCCUGCUGAACUCUGGCACCCUUGCCCUCACACAGACAGCACUUCGGCUGAUUGGCCCUAGUUGUGAUAAUGUUGAAGACGACAUGAAUGCUUCUGCCCGUGGAGCUUCUGCCACAGUUUUGGAAGAGACAAGGAAGGAAACAGCUCCUGUGCAGCUCCCUGUUUCAGGGCCAGAACUGGCUGCCAUGAUGAAGGUUGGGACCAGGGUCAUGAGAGGCGUGGAUUGGAAAUGGGGCGAUCAGGAUGGCCCUCCUCCUGGCCUCGGCCGUGUGAUUGGUGAACUGGGAGAGGAUGGAUGGAUCAGGGUCCAGUGGGACACAGGCAGCACCAACUCCUACAGGAUGGGGAAAGAGGGCAAGUACGACCUCAAGUUGGCGGAGCUGCCGACCUCCACGCAGCCCUCAGCAGAGGACUCGGACACAGAAGAUGACUCGGAAGCUGAACAAAUUGAAAGGAACAUUCACCCCACUGCAAUGAUGCUUACCAGCACUGUUAAUUUACUGCAAACUCUUUGUCUCUCUGCGGGAGUUCAUGCUGAAAUCAUGCAGAGUGAAGCCACCAAAACUCUGUGUGGACUGCUGCGAAUGUUAGUGGAAAGUGGAACGACGGACAAGACAUCUUCCGCAAACAGGCUGGUGUGCCGGGAGCAGCACCGGAGCUGGUGCACGCUGGGCUUUGUGCGGAGCAUUGCCCUCACGCCGCACAUGUGUGCCGCCCUCAGCUCCCCUCAGUGGAUCGCCCUGCUCAUGAAGGUCGUGGAGGGACACGCGCCCUUUACUGCUGCCUCGCUGCAGCGGCAGAUCUUAGCUGUACAUUUACUGCAAGCAGUACUUCCAUCAUGGGACAAGACGGAAAGGGCAAGAGACAUGAAGUGCCUUGUAGAAAAGCUCUUUGGUUUCUUGGGCAGCUUGCUCACCACCUGCUCUUCAGACAUCCCGUUCCUCAGAGAAUCUACUUUGAGGAGGCGGAGGGCCCGCCCUCAGGCCUCUCUGACCGCCACCCACAGCAGCACCCUGGCAGAAGAGGUGGUGGCGCUGCUCCGCACGCUGCACUCCCUGGGUCAGUGGAACGGACUCAUAAACAAGUACAUUAACUCGCAGCUCCAUUCCGUCACCCGCAGCUGCGCCGGAAAGCCAUCGGAGGGGGCCUUGUUAGAGGACUACUUUCCGGACUCUGAGAACCCGGAGGUGGGGGGCCUCAUGGCAGUCUUGGCUGUGAUCGGGGGCAUCGACGGUCGCCUGCGAUUGGGGGGACAAGUGAUGCAUGAUGAGUUUGGAGAAGGCACUGUGACUCGCAUCACCCCAAAGGGCAAAAUCACCGUGCAGUUCUCAGAUAUGCGGACGUGUCGCGUUUGCCCAUUGAAUCAGCUGAAACCACUCCCCGCCGUGGCGUUCAGCGUCACCAACCUACCUUUCACAGAGCCCAUGCUCUCUGUCUGGGCUCAGUUGGUGAACCUCGCUGGAAGCAAAUUGGAAAAGCACAAAGUAAAGAAAUCACCUAAACAGGGUUUUGCAGGACAAGUUGACCUGGACCUGCUGAGGUGCCAGCAGUUAAAGCUGUACAUCCUGAAGGCUGGUCGUGCACUGCUUUCUCACCAGGACCAGCUCAGGCAAAUCUUGUCUCAGCCAGCUGUUCAGGAGGCCACAGCUGCUCAUACAGAUGAUGGAGCAGCUGCGUCCCCUGACCUUGGGGACAUGUCUCCUGAAGGGCCACAGCCCCCAAUGAUCCUCCUGCAGCAGUUACUGGCCUCAGCCACCCAGCCAUCCCCGGUGAAGGCAAUAUUUGACAAACAGGAGCUUGAGGCUGCCGCGUUGGCUGUGUGUCAGUGUUUGGCUGUGGAGUCCACUCACCCAUCGAGCCCGGUGUUUGAAGACUGCAGCUCCAGUGAGGCCACGACGCCUGUCCCUGUGCAGCAUGUUCGCCCUGUCAGAGCAAAGAAGCGCAAGCAGUCACCUGUUCCUGCUCUGCCUAUUGUGGUUCAACUCAUGGAAAUGGGAUUUCCGAGAAGGAACAUAGAGUUUGCGCUGAAGUCGCUCACUGGUGCCUCUGGGAAUGCUGCUGGCUUACCAGGCGUGGAGGCCUUGGUUGGAUGGCUGCUGGACCACGCCGAUGUGCAGGUCACAGAUCUCUCAGAUGCAGACACAGGGUCUGAGGAGUGUUCAGAUGAGGAGGUGGUGGAGGAUGUGGACGACACAGCCUACGCUAUGUCUACUAGUGCUGUUGUAACGGAGAGCCAAACUUACAAAAAGCGAGCUGAUUUCUUGAGUAAUGAUGAUUAUGCUGUGUAUGUGAGAGAGAAUAUUCAGGUGGGAAUGAUGGUUAGAUGCUGUCGGACAUAUGAAGAAGUGUGUGAAGGAGACGUGGGCAAAGUUAUCAAACUGGAUAGAGAUGGAUUACAUGACCUCAACGUGCAAUGUGAUUGGCAGCAGAAAGGAGGCACUUACUGGGUUAGGUAUAUUCACGUGGAACUUAUUGGCUAUCCUCCACCAAGUUCUCCUUCUCACAUCAAGAUUGGUGAUAAAGUUCGAGUCAAAGCCUCAGUCACCACACCAAAAUACAAGUGGGGAUCCGUGACUCAUCAAAGUGUGGGGGUUGUGAAAGCUUUCAGUGCCAAUGGAAAAGAUGUCAUUGUCGACUUUCCUCAACAGUCUCACUGGACCGGCCUGUUAUCAGAAAUGGAGUUGGUGCCUAGUGUUCAUCCUGGGGUUACGUGUGAUGGCUGUCAGAUGUUUCCUAUCAAUGGAUCUAGAUUCAAAUGCAGAAACUGUGAUGACUUUGAUUUUUGUGAAACGUGUUUCAAGACCAGAAAACACAACACUAGGCAUACAUUUGGCAGAAUAAAUGAACCAGGACAGUCUGCAAUAUUUUGUGGCCGUUCUGGAAAACAGCUGAAGCGUUGUCACAACAGUCAGCCAGGAAUGCUGCUGGACAGCUGGUCCCGGAUGGUGAAGAGCCUGAAUGUCUCAUCCUCCGUGAACCAGGCUUCUCGUCUGAUUGACGGCAGCGAGCCCUGCUGGCAAUCCUCUGGGUCGCAAGGAAAGCAUUGGAUUCGUUUGGAGAUUUUCCCAGAUGUUCUUGUUCAUAGGUUAAAAAUGAUAGUAGAUCCUGCUGACAGUAGCUACAUGCCAUCCCUGGUUGUGGUGUCAGGUGGAAAUUCCCUAAAUAAUCUAAUUGAACUGAAGACAAUCAAUAUUAACCCCACUGACACCACAGUGUCCCUUCUGAAUGACUGCACAGAGUAUCACAGGUAUAUUGAAAUUGCGAUAAAGCAGUGCAGGAGCUCAGGAAUUGAUUGUAAAAUCCAUGGUCUCAUCCUGCUGGGACGGAUCCGUGCAGAGGAGGAAGACUUGGCUGCAGUUCCUUUCUUAGCUUCAGAUAAUGAAGAGGAAGAAGACGAAAAAGGCAACAGUGGGAGUCUUAUUAGAAAGAAGGCUGCAGGGCUGGAAUCAGCGGCUACAAUAAGAACCAAAGUGUUUGUGUGGGGACUGAAUGACAAGGACCAGCUGGGCGGGCUGAAAGGCUCUAAGAUAAAGGUUCCUUCAUUCUCUGAGACACUGUCUGCUUUGAAUGUAGUACAGGUGGCUGGUGGUUCUAAAAGUUUGUUUGCAGUGACUGUGGAAGGGAAGGUGUACGCCUGUGGAGAGGCCACGAAUGGCCGGCUUGGGCUGGGCAUCUCCAGCGGGACUGUGCCCAUCCCCCGGCAGGUCACGGCUCUCAGCAGUUACGUGGUCAAGAAGGUGGCCGUUCACUCAGGUGGCCGGCACGCUACGGCUUUAACUGUCGAUGGGAAAGUAUUUUCCUGGGGUGAAGGUGAUGAUGGCAAACUUGGACACUUCAGCAGAAUGAACUGUGACAAGCCACGGCUAAUAGAGGCCCUGAAAACCAAGCGUAUCCGGGAUAUUGCCUGUGGGAGCUCACACAGUGCAGCCCUCACGUCCAGCGGUGAACUGUAUACAUGGGGCCUCGGAGAGUAUGGCCGGUUGGGACAUGGGGAUAAUACAACACAACUGAAGCCCAAAAUGGUGAAAGUCCUUCUUGGUCACAGAGUAAUCCAGGUUGCGUGUGGAAGUAGAGAUGCACAGACCCUGGCUCUGACUGAUGAAGGUUUGGUAUUUUCCUGGGGUGAUGGUGACUUUGGAAAAUUGGGCCGAGGAGGAAGUGAAGGCUGUAACAUUCCCCAGAACAUUGAGAGACUAAAUGGACAGGGAGUGUGCCAGAUCGAGUGCGGUGCUCAGUUCUCCUUGGCUCUCACCAAGUCGGGAGUGGUGUGGACAUGGGGUAAGGGGGAUUACUUCAGGCUGGGCCACGGCUCUGAUGUGCAUGUGCGGAAGCCACAGGUGGUGGAAGGGCUGAGAGGGAAGAAGAUUGUGCACGUGGCCGUUGGGGCCCUGCACUGCCUGGCGGUCACAGACGCAGGGCAGGUGUAUGCUUGGGGUGACAAUGACCAUGGCCAGCAGGGCAAUGGCACAACCACAGUUAAUCGAAAGCCCACACUUGUGCAGGGUUUAGAAGGCCAGAAGAUCACGCGAGUGGCUUGCGGGUCUUCACACAGUGUGGCAUGGACAACCGUCGAUGUGGCGACACCCUCUGUCCAUGAGCCUGUCCUCUUCCAGACAGCAAGAGACCCUUUAGGUGCUUCCUAUUUAGGUGUGCCUUCAGAUGCCGAUUCUUCUGCUGCCAGUAAUAAAAUCAGUGGUGCAAAUAAUUCUAAACCAAAUCGCCCUUCUCUUGCCAAGAUUCUCCUGUCACUGGAUGGAAAUCUGGCCAAACAGCAGGCCUUAUCUCAUAUUCUUACAGCAUUGCAAAUCAUGUAUGCUAGAGACGCGGUGGUCGGGGCCUUGAUGCCAGCCGGCAUGAUCUCCCCGAUGGAGUGUCCCUCGUUCUCUUCGGCACCCGCUUCUGAUGUGUCUGCCAUGGCCAGUCCCAUGAAUGGAGAGGAAUGUGUGCUGCCCAUUGAUAUUGAAGACAGACUGAGUCCAAAUCCAUGGCAAGAGAAGAGAGGAGAGAUUAUUUCUUCUGAGGAUGCCGUGACCCCCUCCGCAGUGACCCCGUCUGCUUCCUCAGCUUCUUCUCGGCCAUUUAUCCCGGUGACAGAUGACCCAGGAGCUGCCAGCAUCAUUGCAGAAACCAUGACCAAAACCAAAGAGGAUGUUGAAAGCCAAAAUAAAGCAUCAGGCCCAGAACCUCAGUCCCUGGAUGAGUUCACCAGCCUGCUGGUCGCGGAUGACACCCGUGUCGUGGUGGACCUGCUCAAGCUGUCCGUGUGCAGCCGGGCGGGGGACAAGGGCAGGGAUGUGCUGUCAGCCGUGCUGUCUGGCAUGGGCACGGCCUACCCACAGGUGGCAGAUAUGCUGCUGGAGCUCUGUGUCACCGAGCUGGAGGACGUAGCCACAGACUCGCAGAGUGGCCGCCUGUCCUCUCAGCCCGUGGUGGUGGAGAGUAGCCACCCCUACACGGACGACACCUCCUCCAGCGGCACAGUGAAGAUACCAGGUGCAGAAGGACUCAGGGUGGAGUUUGACCGGCAGUGCUCCACAGAGAGGCGCCAUGAUCCUCUCACAGUCAUGGAUGGUGUCAAUAGGAUUGUCUCGGUGCGGUCAGGCCGAGAGUGGUCUGACUGGUCCAGCGAGCUGCGCAUCCCAGGGGAUGAGUUGAGGUGGAAGUUCAUCAGCGACGGGUCUGUGAAUGGGUGGGGCUGGCGCUUCACAGUCUAUCCCAUCAUGCCAGCUGCAGGCCCUAAAGACCUUCUUUCCGAUCGCUGCGUCCUCUCCUGUCCAUCCAUGGACUUGGUGACAUGUCUGUUAGACUUCCGGCUCAAUCUUGCCUCAAACAGAAGCAUCGUCCCUCGCCUCGCGGCAUCACUGGCAGCGUGCGCACAGCUGAGCGCCUUAGCUGCCAGUCACAGAAUGUGGGCCCUUCAGAGACUGAGGAAGCUGCUUACAACUGAAUUUGGGCAAUCAAUUAACAUAAACAGGCUCCUUGGAGAUAAUGACGGGGAAACAAGGGCUUUGAGUUUUACAGGCAGUGCUCUUGCUGCUUUGGUGAAAGGCCUCCCAGAAGCUUUGCAAAGGCAGUUUGAAUAUGAAGAUCCUAUUGUGAGAGGUGGGAAACAGCUGCUCCACAGCCCGUUCUUUAAGGUACUGGUAGCUCUUGCUUGUGACCUGGAACUAGACACUCUCCCUUGCUGUGCUGAGACACACAAGUGGGCUUGGUUUCGAAGGUACUGCAUGGCCUCCCGCGUUGCUGUGGCCCUGGACAAAAGAACACCAUUGCCCCGUCUGUUUCUCGAUGAGGUGGCUAAGAAAAUUCGUGAGUUAAUGGCAGACAGCGAAAACAUGGAUGUUCUCCAUGAGAGCCACGACAUUUUUAAGAGAGAGCAAGAUGAACAACUGGUGCAGUGGAUGAACAGGCGACCAGAUGACUGGACUCUUUCUGCUGGCGGCAGUGGAACAAUUUAUGGAUGGGGACACAAUCAUAGGGGGCAGCUUGGGGGCAUUGAAGGUGCAAAAGUUAAAGUUCCCACCCCAUGUGAAGCCCUUGCAACUCUCAGACCCGUGCAGUUAAUUGGAGGAGAACAGACUCUCUUUGCAGUGACAGCUGAUGGGAAGCUGUAUGCCACUGGGUAUGGUGCAGGCGGCAGACUAGGAAUUGGAGGGACAGAGUCGGUAUCUACCCCAACAUUACUUGAAUCCAUUCAGCAUGUGUUUAUUAAGAAAGUAGCUGUGAACUCAGGAGGAAAACACUGUCUUGCCCUCUCUUCAGAAGGAGAAGUUUACUCUUGGGGUGAGGCAGAAGAUGGGAAGUUGGGGCAUGGCAACAGAAGUCCAUGUGACCGCCCUCGUGUCAUUGAGUCUCUGAGAGGAAUUGAGGUGGUUGAUGUUGCUGCUGGCGGAGCCCACAGUGCCUGUGUCACCGCAGCUGGGGACCUCUACACGUGGGGCAAAGGCCGCUAUGGCCGCCUGGGGCACAGCGACAGUGAGGACCAGUUAAAGCCAAAGCUGGUGGAGGCACUGCAGGGCCACCGCGUGGUUGAUGUUGCUUGUGGCAGUGGAGACGCUCAGACCCUCUGCCUCACCGACGAUGACACUGUCUGGUCCUGGGGGGACGGGGACUACGGCAAGCUCGGCAGAGGAGGCAGCGACGGCUGUAAAGUGCCCAUGAAGAUCGAUUCUCUCACAGGCCUUGGAGUGGUUAAAGUGGAGUGUGGAUCCCAGUUUUCUGUCGCCCUUACCAAAUCGGGUGCUGUUUAUACUUGGGGCAAAGGUGAUUAUCACAGGCUGGGCCAUGGAUCCGACGACCAUGUCAGAAGACCUCGGCAGGUCCAAGGGCUGCAGGGGAAGAAAGUCAUUGCCAUUGCCACCGGCUCCCUGCACUGUGUGUGCUGCACCGAGGACGGUGAAGUUUAUACAUGGGGCGACAAUGAUGAGGGACAACUGGGAGAUGGAACAACAAAUGCCAUCCAGAGGCCUCGGUUGGUACCUGCCCUUCAGGGUAAGAAGGUCAACCGUGUGGCCUGUGGCUCAGCACACACUCUCGCCUGGUCGACCAGCAAGCCUGCCAGCGCUGGGAAGCUCCCUGCACAGGUCCCCAUGGAGUACAAUCAUUUGCAGGAAAUCCCCAUAAUAGCACUGCGGAACCGGCUGCUGCUGCUACAUCACAUCUCAGAGCUCUUCUGCCCCUGCAUCCCCAUGUUCGACCUCGAGGGCUCUCUCGAUGAAACUGGACUCGGGCCUUCUGUGGGUUUUGACACGCUACGAGGAAUUCUGAUAUCCCAGGGAAAGGAGGCAGCUUUCCGAAAAGUAGUACAAGCCACUAUGGUGCGAGACCGCCAGCAUGGGCCCGUGGUGGAGUUGAACCGAAUCCAGGUCAAACGUUCGAGGAGUAAAGGCGGCCUGGCGGGCCCUGACGGCACCAAGUCUGUCUUUGGGCAGAUGUGUGCAAAGAUGAGCUCCUUCAGUCCUGACAGCCUCCUCCUCCCUCACCGCGUCUGGAAAGUCAAGUUUGUGGGUGAAUCUGUGGAUGACUGUGGUGGUGGCUACAGCGAGUCCAUAGCUGAGAUCUGUGAAGAGCUGCAGAAUGGACUCACCCCCCUUCUGAUCGUGACACCCAACGGGAGAGACGAGUCGGGGGCCAACCGUGACUGCUACCUGUUCAGCCCGGCCGCCAGGGCGCCCGUGCACACCAACAUGUUCCGCUUCCUUGGUGUGUUACUGGGCAUUGCCAUCCGGACUGGGAGUCCCCUGAGCCUCAACCUGGCUGAGCCUGUCUGGAAGCAGCUGGCUGGGAUGAACCUGACAAUUGCAGACCUCAGCGAGGUCGAUAAAGAUUUUAUCCCUGGGCUCAUGUACAUUCGUGACAAUGAAGCCACCUCGGAAGAGUUUGAAGCCAUGAGCCUGCCCUUCACGGUGCCAAGUGCAAGCGGCCAGGACAUCCAGCUGAGCUCCAAGUACACGCACAUCACCCUGGACAACCGUGCAGAGUACGUCCGGCUGGCAAUAAACUACAGACUCCAUGAAUUUGAUGAGCAGGUGGCUGCCGUUCGGGAGGGGAUGGCCCGAGUCGUGCCUGUCCCCCUUCUUUCUCUGUUCACUGGAUACGAACUAGAGACGAUGGUGUGUGGCAGCCCAGAUAUCCCUCUGCAUCUUUUGAAGUCAGUGGCAACGUACAAAGGGAUCGAGCCUUCUGCAUCCCUGAUCCAGUGGUUCUGGGAGGUGAUGGAGUCCUUCUCCAAUACAGAGCGCUCCCUCUUCCUUCGCUUUGUGUGGGGCCGGACGAGGCUGCCCAGGACCAUCGCCGACUUCCGGGGCAGAGACUUUGUCAUCCAGGUGUUGGAUAAAUACAACCCUCCUGACCACUUCCUUCCUGAAUCCUACACCUGCUUCUUUUUGCUGAAGUUGCCCAGGUAUUCCUGUAAGCAGGUGCUGGAGGAGAAACUGAAAUAUGCCAUCCACUUCUGCAAAUCGAUAGACACAGAUGACUAUGCUCGAAUAGCCCUCACGGGAGAGCCAGCCGCCGAUGACAGCAGCGAUGACUCGGAGAAUGAGGAUGUGGAUUCAUUUGCUUCAGACUCUACGCAGGAUUAUUUAACAGGACACUGAGAUGGAGAAAUGCCAUCCAUUGCAAGACACCACAAGGCUGAGCAGGAGGAGAGCACUGCGGUUUUGAGUGUGGGCAGUCUGGUGUGUCUGAUGAGAAUACAGUCCUCUAGAUUUCUGGGGGGCGGGCAGAGAGACUGUGGUUGCUCGUGAUGGGAAUAAUGAAUGGAAUAAUGAUGGGGAAUCAGCCUUGACAUGGGCACUAUGUGGACACUGACAUUUAUUUUUGAGACUUAAAAGGGUUUUCUCACCCAUAAUGCUGCAUUACAUGUAGGACUUCUGUGUUUACUAAAGUGUGUAAAUGUUUAUAUAAAUACUGAAUUGCAGCGUCCCAAAAAUGAAUAAAAAGGCUUUUUACUAGUGGGUGCAAUAGAUUGUUUUUUUUCCUUUCUAGUGUUGUGCAUUGUCUUGAUUGUACAUUGGAAAUACUGUGUGACAAUUAAAUCAUAUUAUAAAUAUUUCAAUUAAUUUUACUCUGAAUUUGUUUAUUAAAAGUUUUUUGAACAUUAAAUGAUCAGUAUUACUUGAAUGCAUCCAGAGGUUAUUUAAACCAAAACAAAACAAAAAGGCCAUUGGUCUCCCUCUUCCCCCGGUGCACAUUGUAGCAUAUGCAGUAUGUAACUUGAAUUGAGGCCUUUCUGUGAGCAGUGUCAUAACUUCUGUCAUGGAAAGUAUACUGUAUAUAAUGUUUGUGUCAUGUAUAUGCCUACAUUUUAAUUCCCUAUAAAUAAAACAUCUGUCACAAAAUUGUAAGCUGAA